AUGGCCGAAGCCCGCCUGCUUGCUUACCAGACCGAUAGUAUUUACCGUCUGUAUGACAUCAAAACCAAGAAGAUCGUCAUCUCUCGCGAUGAAUUGCCACCCACUGAUCUGCCGAAGCCGUCGUAUGAUCUGGAUGCAAUACAUAAGCCCUCGCCUAAUCAGGCUAUGAAUAUGGACGAGAUGGAGCGCCAGCGACGUCGCUUCGCCCCUGCUAAGUUUCUUCCAUUUGCCGACGAUUAUCAUACUGACCAAACCUUCGAUAUCGACCAAAUUGAAGGCUUCGCGGAACACUAG